AUGGGAGGCUCGACGAGCAAAACUUCGUCGGCAGCUACGUCGGUUUUGCGCAACCGCGUGAUCCGUACGAACAUGUCACUGGAGUAUCUAGUCGCUCUAUCACGUGGCAGUACUACACAACUUAAUGUCACUGAGACCUCUACGCCCACCGAUUUAAACAGUUCGAAUGUGAAUCCGAUGGAAAUGCAGACGCAAUUAUUGCACAAUGUUCAGAAGCUUGACGAGUACGAUCACGUUCGAUUUCUUGAACAGAGUACACGAUCUUUUGAGUCUACUGCUAGCAGCUACCGACUGCGGUCAUCACAGCCCAUUAAACUCCCAACUGAUAAGACAAGCGCUGCGUCUUCCACCGGUAUUGGAGGUAUAGACGAAGAGAAGAUUUGCGGUCGACUGACGUCAAGAGAUCUGCGCACAUUAUUACGUCUACACUAUGAAAAUCCUCAAGGAUGGACACAUGAAGUUCUUGCAGACAAGUACGGAUUGGAAGUUGAUGUAAUGCGCAACAUUCUCAAAAGCGUCGGUCCUCCUAACGUGCUGCCACCAAAAGGGAAUGAGUAUCCAAUCGGUGUGUGGUUUGAAAGUCCCCAUAUUAAAUAG